CCACGCUGGUAUUGCAACACAGGUUGUCGUAGAGAAGAAACUCUGGCGGGAACAAAGCCUGACACGUCAUGAUUUAGGACGUGAAAAAUUUGUAGAAGAAGUGUGGAAUUGGAAAAAUGAGAAGGGGGACAGAAUCUACCAUCAGCUGAAGAUGCUAGGAGGUUCCUAUGAUUGGGACAGAGCCUGUUUUACUAUGGAUCCAAAAUUGAGUCGAGGUGUAGUGGAAGCUUUUGUCCAGAUGCAUGAAGAUGGUACCAUCUACCGUAGCAAUCGACUGGUCAACUGGUCAUGUACGCUCAACUCUGCUAUAUCUGACAUUGAGGUGAACAAGAAAGAAAUACCUGGUAGAACAAUGCUUGCAGUGCCAGGGUACGAGGAUAAAGUGGAGUUUGGAGUCCUCGUAUCAUUUGCCUACCCUGUAGAAGGAUCAGAUGAAGAGAUUGUCGUGGCAACCACUCGUAUAGAAACAAUGCUUGGUGACACUGCAAUAGCUGUCCACCCUGAUGAUGAGAGAUACAAACAUCUACAUAACAAAUACGUCAUUCAUCCAUUCUGCAGUCGCAAGCUACAGAUCAUCACUGAUGAGUUUGUGGAUAUCGCUUUUGGAACAGGUGCUGUAAAGAUCACUCCUGCUCAUGACCACAAUGAUUAUGAAGUAGGCAAGAGACGCAAUCUCACUGAGCUCACCAUCAUUGAUGACAAUGGAAAGAUAUGUGGCGAUUGUGGACAGUUCACUGGUAUGAGAAGAUUUGAUGCUAGGAAGGCUGUUCUACAGGCCCUCAAGGAGAAAGGUCUCUACAGGGAGACUAAAGACAAUCCUAUGGUUGUACCCAUGUGCAGUCGUUCCAAGGACAUUAUAGAGCCAUUGCUUAAACCCCAGUGGUAUGUCAACUGUACUGAGAUGGCUAAUGAAGCAGUUGAUGCAGUGAAGCGUGGAGACUUGAAGGUCAUUCCAGAGAUGCACAUUAAGACGUGGAAUGCCUGGUUGACCAAUUGUAGGGACUGGUGUAUAUCCCGUCAACUGUGGUGGGGCCACCGUGUACCUGCAUACUUUGUGACAGUCAAUGACCCUGCUGUGUCUGCUGGAGAUGAGUGUGAUGGACAUUACUGGGUGAGUGGAAGGAAUAUAGAAGAAGCAACACAAAAGGCAGCAGAUAGGUUCAAUGUACCUAAAGAAAAGAUCUCUCUCAGACAAGAUGAUGAUGUCCUUGACACAUGGUUCUCAUCUGGAAUCUUUCCAUUCUCGAUAUUUGGGUGGCCAGAUAAGACUGAAGACCUUGAAAUGUUCUACCCUGGGUCUCUCCUGGAAACAGGACACGAUAUCUUGUUCUUCUGGGUUGCCCGUAUGGUCAUGAUGGGAUACAAGCUCAUGGGCAAACUGCCUUUCAAAGAGGUGUACUUGCAUGCCAUGGUGUGUGAUGCUCAUGGUAGGAAAAUGAGCAAAUCUCUUGGAAAUGUCAUAGAUCCUCUUGAUGUCAUCACUGGGAUACCACUAGAGGGCCUUCAUAAACAACUAUAUCAGAGCAACCUUGACCCCAAGGAGAUAGAAAGAGCAAAACAAGGACAGAAAGAAGACUAUCCUAAUGGUAUCCCUGAAUGUGGGACUGAUGCUCUUAGGUUUGCCCUUUGUGCUUACACAUCACAAGGUCGAGAUAUCAAUCUGGAUGUUUUACGUGUACAAGGAUAUAGACAUUUCUGUAACAAGAUGUGGAAUGCAACACGGUUUGCCCUGAACGGCCUUGGAGAUAACUUCACACCCAAUUCCACAAUGCAGCUGUGUGGAAAAGAGACAUUGAUGGAUAAAUGGAUCUUGAGUCGUCUCUCUGCAGCUGUUAAACUUUGUGAUGAAGGGUUUGCCAAAUAUGACUUCCAGAGUACGACUACUGCAUGUUACAACUUUUGGCUUUAUGAACUAUGUGAUGUCUACUUAGAAAGUCUGAAAAACACCUUAUAUGGAGAUGAUGAGUCUGCUAAGGCUAUCUCACGUAAUGUUCUCUACACAUGUCUAGACGUGGCACUAAGGUUGAUUCAUCCUUUCAUGCCAUUCGUAUCUGAAGAACUCUUCCAGCGACUACCCAGAAGGGGAGAAAAUGAACCCCCAAGUAUAUGUGUAACCCCCUAUCCUGAAACAAGCCAGUUCUGUUGGCGUGAUGAGGCAUUAGAAGCUGACAUAGAAUUUUCCCAAAAUGUAAUUAAGACGAUUCGCUCCAUGAGGUCAGACUAUAACCUCACCAAGAUUAAACCAGAAGUGUUCCUGCACUGUGACAACAGUAACAUAGGAGAAACCCUCUCUAAGCACACAGAAGUCAUCAAGACACUCUCCAGUGCAGGAGGUGUGGAAAUAUUAGCUGAAUCAUCGCCUGUACCUGAGGGAUGUGCAAUAGCCAGCGUGUCGGCAAACUGUCAGGUCUACAUGAAGCUCAAGGGUCUUAUUGAUAUUGCCAAGGAGGUCACCAAGCUAGAGUCAAAUAAAAUGAAGCUGGUAGCCUCAUACAAUAAACUACAGGGUGCCUCAGAGAAAGCGGAUUAUGCAACAAAGGUUCCAGAAAAUGUCAGACAGCUCAAUGCUGAGAAGAUGAAUGAUCUAAAUGCUGAGAUAGAGAAACUAACCAAUGGGAUUGCAAUGCUGAACACAAUGCAGUAGACUUUACUUAACAGACAAUAAAAAAAUAUGAUUCCAAAUUUGCUGAAUAGACAUUUCAAGAUACUUGCUGCAUUAUAUUGGAGAAUCUUCUGCCAGGAUUCUUCAGAAUGUCUUAUGUAUCUCUAUUUAUGCACA